AUGGCGGUUCAGACGGAGAUGGCUAUCGUUGUGGUUGGGCGGAUGCCAGACGCUGAUUGUUCGCGUCCUGCUCGCUCGCCCUCGCGCAAGCGGUUUCGGAGCGUGGGAACUCGGCGCGCCCCUGCCUGUGAAAUAGUUAUACCGACAAUUAUGAGCGUUCCAGACUUUCGCCGUACCGGCGAACUCUGGUUCGUCGUCGUUGCGACCACCGUCGAAGGUCUGAAUGGAGUCGACGACCAUAUCCAUCCCCAGAAACCUCCACGAUCGGCCUUCCGCUGUGCGUUCCAAUUCUCUGGCCAGUACUGCGAGCUCUGGGGGUGCAUCCCUAACGCGGAGGUCGCACCUGACCGGCGAGGGAAAAGUCUUGGACCAACCGGUACCAAAACCAGAGAUGCAGACAACGGCCCCCAUGCGACUCCUCCCGACACACAUCAUCCCCCUCUCCCGACUACUCUGCACAACGAGGCGAAAGAGAUGAUAACUGCACCCAGUGCCCAGGUGGAGUCGUCGUCUUCUCGUAGGCCCUGGACAACAGGUUCAGAUGGACGGCCUACUGUUGUUGUCGAGGAGGCUUCCCAGAGCGACGGACAUGGAGAAUUUGGUGGUGGUAGUAUCGUACCGCGGCUGAGGCAGACACGAUCUGAGGGCGGGUCAAUAAAAGGGAUGAGAGCACGCGCCAUGAGUCUUCCCCGUCAAGUCUUCCGAACGAAUGCGUCUCCCGACUCAUCUUCUCAACCCAGUCCAUGCACUCCUGGACAGGCAUUUCAGGAUUUUACCCUCGUCAGAGUGGCUGAAAAUGAUCGCCCAAACUUCAGAGAUUCAGUGUUGACGCAUAUCUCUUCGACUUCGUCCUCCCUGUAUCCAGCCUCGACCAUUACGGGUUCCCAUACGGAGUCGUCCUUGCCAUAUUCUCCCGACGAAGAUUCUGACCGCAUGCGCGCGUUCACCCCCGAGAUUGUUUCUCCAGAAAAAUCUGACUUCGACGCGGACGAUGUCUCAUAUCGCCUUCGGCUCCUUGUGAACAACAGCUACUUUCUCCCCCCUGCGCAUGCUAAGCCUUCCCCUUUAUCACUGGCUCCCCCGGAUGCAGCUGUAUCCAAGAAGUCCCCUAACAAGACUUCUAAUAGCGCCUUCUUGGAUUUCUUCCGAAUAGGCAAGUCGAAAUCGAAACCCACAACGCCGGUGUCUUCCGCGGGUGAUGGUCUUAUGGGUCCUGUCUUGAGGACCACAUCUGAUUCCACGACUGUAUCCGGCUUCGUAUCGCGCCCUCCUGCUCAUUCGCUGCCUCAAACACCUAUUCAUGUGUUGCCGUUACCCAGCUCCAUGACUAGGGUCGUCGUCGUGCGAGAAAAGAUGGAGGAUCUCGUCGUGGCAGCGAAGCAGGCCGAGGAGGAUCUGAAAACGCGUGCAACCAUCCGAAAAGCACGGAGCCAAUCCAUACCGAGAGUGAAAGAUUGGCAAGUAGACGUGAUCGAUCCCACUGACGCCGUCGAUCUGCCACCGCCGCCCGUGGGGAGUAUUCCGUUUGCAGUCCAGACGUCUGCUGCAUAUGGGUUGGGCAUCAGAGAUUCUAUUGGCGCGGCAGUGCUGGCGGAACAACUACCCCCCAAUAGUCCAGGCUUAUGGUCCUUCAAUUCCGACGAAGACUCGUGGCGUAAGGCGCUUCUCCGUGAGGCCGUCAGUCACUCGUUGAGCAAUUCUGCCGACAUCUCAUAUGCAACUACUUCCACUGACCGGUCGCCCUUUCCAUCGCCGACUUCGCCUUCCAUGCAUACAUCGUCUGCGGAAACUUCGGACUCGUUAGAUGUCCCGACGCAGUCGACCCCGAGACAUAGGAUAGGACAGCAGAUUAUGCCGCCCCAGGAGCUGACCGUCCGUGCGGAGGUAGAAGUGUCGCAUAGUCCAACUACUCCAACUCAGUACGCCAAAGCCCCGAUGUCUGGCAGCAGCCUAGUUGCUUUUCUUACCAGAUCUCCUGCGGGAACGGUUGCAUCGUGGCCGUUCUCAAACAGUCCCCCUGGUCGCGCAGAGACUCCCGCCCAAACUCACCCGCUCGCACCCGCCCCUCGCAGGCAGUUGGGCAAUCCUCACUAUUCUCUUUCUCAGCCCGAUCUGUCAAACCCUUCUAUGGACGAGCAGCUAAGCUUGCCAGGGCCGUCACGUUCGUCGCCGCAGGCUCUCAGAAAAGCUGUCUCAUCCCCUGGGCUUUCCGACGCGCAUGGUGGUAGUGUUGGGAUCGAAUUCCGCGCGAUGUCUCUCAGCCCUCCUCCAAUGUCAAUCUCUCAGCGACUGUCUGCACAUUCGUCGGUCUCGGUGCAGGAUCUCCGACCGACUCCCUCGUUCUCGUCGAACCUUAGCGCGAUGAGCCAGGCUCGCAUAUCAGACGAUGACCUAUCGUAUGCCACACCUGCGGAUACUGAUGUCGAUCAGGCGAUAGAUUAUAGGCCGUCCGUGACGGUGUCGUUGACGACUGAGAACCGACCAUCAUUAUCGAUAUCUGACUAUUCGCAUCCCUCUCCGACGGCUUCGGCGUUCCACGAUGCGAUAUUUGGCAGCUGUCGGGCACCAUCAGUUUUAUCAAGGAGAAGUUAUGAGCCAGAGGAGUUUGAUUCAUCGAGUGAAGCAUUUAUCCUCGCAGAUAUCCCUGCCCCUCUGCCCCGUGCUCACGUCGCGUCCCCACCUCCUCGUGUCUCGUCCUCGGCGAAUCAUACUGUGCUACCUCCCCCUCCCAGGUCACCUGCAGCCAAGCCCGUUUAUCGUCCGUCUAUAUCCUCCCGCGCUUCCACUGAUCCUGGCCAUAAGUCGUCGCCUCUCAAUCCAUACUCGUCCCAUAGCGAUCCGCCACAAAAUUCAUCUAUAGAAUCGUUUGCAACUCCUGUCUCGGCGAUCGCAUUAUCUGAACGUCGUGGCCAAGCAUCCUUGCUUUCACUUAGGAUUCCGACCGAGUUUAUGCCUGCAGCCAUUCACUCGGCGCCAGCACCGGCGUCGCCCACGGAGUUCUUUGACCGUAUCGAGGCUACCAUGGAGCUGGAUGAACUCGACGAGAGCGACGAGGAAGAGCCUACUGCCCCGCCUGCAGCAGUCUAUUCGCGAUCUCGUGCGCGGGCAGAUUCCGAUAUCUCAAGCACCAGCAUCCCACGCCCACCAUUUAUGCGCUUGGGUAAUCACUCCACACCUCAGCUUGGCCCUCCGUCUCUUUCUGACGAGCCUUCAUCUCCAAUGCGCCUUUCUGAGAGCAGAAAGCCUGUGUCGAAUAUACCCGAGCGACCUCGCCGUGGCAGCUUUUUCUCGCACAGAAAGAAGGGGCUCACCAACAAGGACAUUCCCCUACUCUCAUUCGCCGACCUCGCGUCGUCGUCGCAGGGGAGUCGGCCGGAUAGUAACAGUGGGGGGCGCGCUUCUGCGCGCAGGAGGCCUGCUACCGCCAAUGAUGCCGAGACCAAACCUAAGCAGCCGCAGAGGGAGUCUUUGCUCAUGUUUGACGGGAUGCUCGUGCGGCACAUGGAGGCAGAAAAGGAUAGAAUUAGGCAGAUCACCAGCAACAUGUCGGGUUCAGGUUUAGCGAAAGGUUAA